AUCUGGGGACCCACAGGUUGAGACCCACUGUGUUACACCAUUGAUAUGCUGUUUCAACAAUGGGAAAGAAAUGGAGGACCCUACUAAGACCUCUCUGAAGCUCUCCCUAAUUGUGUUGUUGAAGGCUUUCAUGGCCGGAAUCACAGGGUUGUUGUGUGUUUUUCCGGGCUGUAUGGCCAUGUUCCAGAAUUUCUGGAGCAUGGCCAUACAGCCUGGAAAAAAACACAACAACCCUCUCCUUAAUUGCUGCAAAAAUGUGUGCUAGCAUAAAAUGAAGAGGGGCACAUUGCAGGGGCACAGCUUCCAUGAGUCUAUGUCAGCCUUCUCAUGGCACUUGCUCCAUACCUUCUGGUGGUCUAAGGUACCCUCCCACCACAAACUCAAAAGUGAGCAUCUAGUCAAAAUUGGGUUUGAAAAAAUUAAAUGAUAUGGAAGAAAGAGGCAGCUGCGAGCCCCAGACCAGCUGUCACCCAUAUUUGUUUUAGAAGAUGCCUCAACAGUACUGCAAAACCGCCCAAGGAAGCUUGGAUUGCAUACAGGCACUUUGAAGAAUGAGCUUUAAAAUACAUAUUGGAAGCCUUCGCCAGUCAUUCAGAUCUUAUUGCUGUUGUUGCACAUGCAAUGUAUAUGUAUACUGCACACUACUGUAAGCACCUCUCAUCAUUUUUGUUAAGUGCAAUCCUACACUUAACACUGUAUUACAGUCUCCACAAAACUCUACUCCAGCUUUCCAUUUCAAAGGAUUUUCUUUUUUUCCUACCAGCUUCACUGUACAGCUUUUAUAACCAUAUCCAGAAACUGGAAAUACAGUGACAUUGGUUAUUUUGACACUGGAAUUAGUGAUACAUGAUUUCAAGUGAAGAUGUCUUAUCAUUCCUUGACAGCUUCUUUCCCAACUUUCAGUCUUCUUUGAAUUUCCUGACUUCUGUUUCCAUUUUUAUUAAUUGUGGUAUAAACAACUUUUAAAUAUGUGUUGUCAAAGGCAGUUAAGGUGAUUAACUGCAACAUUCACACUGACUUCCAACUGACAAAGAACUCUUCUCACACCCAGGACUCUCCACAGAUAUAUAUUAACCUUCCUUGCCUAGUUUCUCCAUUCCUCACAACCUCUGAGGAUGCCUGCCAUAGAUGUGGAUGAAAUGUCAGGAGAGAAUACUUCUAGAACAUGGCCAUACAGCCCGGAAUACAUACAACAACCCAACUUUUAAAUAUUUUAGUAUCCUUUUAAAAAAUUAUGGAUGGUUUUAAUCCAUGAAAGCAGAAUUGGUGGAUAUGGAGAACCAACUAUUCACUGCUUUAGGAGUCCACAUGGACUGGGUGAUGAUACAGCAAUGCUAAAUAAAUGAUUUUCUAAAUAACAGGAAGGUAGAAGGAACAAUUUGGAUUUGAAAUAAUCAAGAAUGAUCUGAAAUAAAAUGGUGCAGGACAGUUGUGGGUAACUGAGAGAAAGCAGAAGAACAUAAAGGGAAACAUGAAAGAGAAUACAGAAGUAGGUAUAGGGAACUUACACAUGAAUCAUUUAUUCCUGUGAACAACUAGAAUAUGCCAUAAUGUUUAUCUUCUUAAGCUACUUGCUGCUUCCUUAUGUGAGAUCUGAGAAAUGGGGAAUUUGUCACACAUUCAUUUGCAUGGUCUGGGGGCAAGAUUACCCUCCCUAAGUAAACCACAGAUCAUCCAGUCACUGUUAAAUAGAAAGAACUUUCCACAACCUUAUUUGGUUAGAGCUGUAGCAUAGUCAUGCAUCUAGAUCUACGUAAUCCACAUAUUGAUUGAUUGAGCCAGCUAAUCCAGCCCAAUGACAGAUUCCUUCAGAUGACACAGGAUGGUGCAGCUAUAUGCAUUCCCAAACAUCAGGGUGUGUAGGUUGGGUAUCCACCUCUAUCUGGACAGGAUUGGCUCCAUGCCACACACUCCAAAUCCCCUAAGGAGACAUUCGUGUUAUUCUAAUGCCUGAUAGACACUGGUCACCCAAUACUGGAUCUAUAACCCAUGCCAACCACCAUAAAAAUGGGUCUAGUGGGAUGAGCCCUUGCAGCCCACCUUCCACCAAAGUGCCCCCUCCACAGCAGCAACCAAACAGAUAUCAUUCAAUAGGGACCCACAUCAUUUUCUGACACUCUGUGACUUCCAUGUUGAAUUUUUGUUCCACCCUUGUUCCCUUUUCAACAGAUGUUAUCUUCAUAGAAAGAGGCCUCAAGGGCCAUCCAGUCCAACCCCUAUCUGCCUUACAAGUAUAUGCAGUCAAAGAACUCCUGACAGAUGGCCAUCUAGCCUCUGCUUGAAAACCUCCAAAGAAGGAGAUUCCACCGUAUUCUGAGGGAGUAUAUUUCAUUGAUACACAGCUUUUACUCUGUUUCCCCGAAAAUAAGACAGGCUCCUAUAUUAAUUUUUGUUCCAAAGGAUUCAUUAGGGCCUAAGUAUAGCUGCCUGGACACUAUUUAAAAUGACUUUUAUGAACUAUAACUAGGACUUAUUAUUUGAAGUAGGGCUUAUAUUUUGAGCAUCCUCAAAAAUCCUGAAAAAUCAUGCUAGGGCUUAAUUUCACGGUAGGUCUUAUUUUCGGGGAAACGGUGUCAUCAGAACAUUUUUCCUAAUGUUUAGGUGGCAUCUCUUUUCCUGAUAUUUGAAUCAAUUGCUCUGUUGUGUCCCAGUCUCCAGAGCAGCAAAAAACAAGAUUCUCCCCUCCUCAAUGUCACAUCCUUUCAAAUAUUUAACAGAGCUAUGAAGUCCUUUCUCAGCCUUCUUUUCUUCAAGUUCAACAUACCCAUCUCCCUAAGUUGUUUCUCAUAGGGCUUGGUUUUCACACCUUUCAUUGUUUUGGUUGCCCUACUCUGGACACCUACUAGUUUGUCAAUAUCCUUCAUGAAUUGUGGUGCCCAGAACUGGACACAGUAUUCCAAGUGAAAUCUGACCAAUGCAGAAUAGAGUGAGACUAUAAUUUCCCUUGAACUAGACACUAUACUCCUAUUCACACAGCCUAGAAUCGUAUUGGCUGUUUAAGUUGUUGCACAACGCAUGUUUCUGUUUGUCAAUAUCUUCCCUUAAUUAUAGUGCCCUGAACAGGACACAGGAUUCUAGGUGAGGUCUGACGACAGCAGAAUAAGGUGGGGUUAUUAUUUCCCUCAGUCUAGACACUAUAUUCCUAUUGAUACAGUCUGGAUUUGCAUUGGCUUUUUUAGUUGCCACAUCACACUGUUGACUCAUGUUCAGCUUAUGGUCUACCAAGACUCCUAGAUCCCUUUCACAUGGACUGUUUUCUAAUCAGGUGCCACCCAUCCUAUAGCUGUGCAUUUCAUUUUUAUUGUCUAAGUGUGGUACUGCACAUUCCUCUCUGUUGGAAUUCAUUUUGUUAGUUUUGGCCCACCUCUCUAAUCUGUUAUGGCCAUUUUGGAUUCUGAUCCUGUCCUUGAUCGGCUUCCAUCCUUCUGGUUGCUGCUUGGUGUCAGUCUUAAAUGUGUCCUUCUCCCAGACUUAGAUAUUGCAUUUACUGAAGUCUUCCACUGUCUCCAACCCCAGUUGACACUGUAACUGAACUACAUUCAACUUAUUGGGCAUCCAUGUGUUAUUCUGGCUAAAUGUAUCCUCAUAUAGCUUAUAUUUGUACUGUCUACCUCGUUUUAUGGUUUCUUUGGGAAGGCCAAUCCGAUGCCACCAUUGCCACCCCUAUUCUAAUAUUCAGCUGCUGGCUGACCCAGCCUCCCCAGAGCUAAGCACAGCACUGUCAUGAAUGAAAAUCUAGUAAGUGGUGUGCUACCUAAAUGGGCCAGGGCCAAGAGGUUGCAUGCCCAAAUACCUAUGCAACACCUGGACCAGGCCUUGGAGCAUGAUCCCUACCCCUGUGGUCACUCUUUGACCACCAAAGAAGGAUACUGAACUUGUCUUUCUUCAGCUUUACAAAACUGCCUCUUCUUGUGCUGAUGCUUCUGAAUAAAUACACCUAUUGGCUGCUGCUCUAUUUCCUCAAAUGUUAAAAUUCUCAGAAAGGAAUGUACCCAAUUUUAUUAUCACACUGGAAGCCUGAUAGAACUUUGUCCGAGACUUAGCCUUGUGUGAAUGGAGAGAAACAAUGUUGAAAGAAGUAUUAGGUUGCUGUGAGUUUUCCAGGAUGUAUGGCCAUGUUCCAGAAGCCUUCUCUCCUGACAUUUUGUCCACAUCUACGGCAGGCAUCCUCAGAGGUUGUGUUGGAAACUAGGCAAAAGGGGUUUAUAUAUCCAUGGAAUAUCUAGGGUGGAAGAAAGAACUCUUGUCUGUUGGAGGCAAGUGUGAAUGUUGCAAUUGGCCACCUUGAUUAGCAUUGAAUAGCCUGGCAGCUUCAAAGCCUGGCUGCUUCCUGCCUGGGGGAUCCUUUGUUAGGAGGUGUUAGCUCCCCCUGAAUUGUUUCCUGUCUGGAAUUCCCCUGUGUUGUUCUUUAUUUACUGUCCUGAUUUUAGAGUUUAGAAGGAUCCUUUUUGGACUCAAGUAGUUUUGCUGUUUUGAGCCAUCUUCCCUUCAGAGAUGUUUUCCUAAAAACAAAAAAACAAAACAAAAAAAAACUUUUCAGUUCUAGCCACCUUUUUUGGGUACUUCUGUCAGCCUUUGGGUUCUCCUAAACUCUUUGCUUCCUUUUUCAUGUUCAUGUUUCUAUAUAUUUUGACAACAUAACUUACUAUACCUCUCCUCUAAACAGUAACAAUAAAAGGAAUGAAAAUCGUGAAUGAAAAAAAAGACUCAGAAGUAAAAAUUUGUUCAAGUAAUAUCUUAUAUUGAAUAUGAAACAACUGACAGAGUAGAGAUAAAUGUUGCAGUUUUAACCUUUGUUCUCUAGAGCCUCCUAUUGCCCUGAUAAGAAGCCCUGACCAUAGUUCUGAAAUCACAUCCUUUAUCUUUUGACUCAUUACAAGUGUUUUCCUAGGAAAUGUGGUUUGCACAGGUCAUCUUAACUCUCUACCAACCAAUUAUCUUGCCAAUUAAAAUUAAUACACUUUGCAGAGUUGUAUAAAAUGCUAGAGUCUGGUUUUCUUUAUUAGAGGGAUAUUCUGGCAAUUGCAUCACAUGGGAAUUUCCAAGGAAACCAUAACGGAAAGGCUUCCAAUUCAAAGCCUGCACCGGCCAAAAUGAAACUAAUAUAAAGCAAAGUAAGUGAAGAAACUUGACAGAUGUGAUUUGUCAGUGUUAUGACAAGACGAUAAAGCAGCAGUAGCAUACAUUCGUUUUAGUUUUUGGAUUACCAUUACAUAGUUUUGUUUCUUUUCUUCUGCACACUUCUGAAAGCUGAGAGAAUGGCAAAACAUAGAUGUGAAUAACCUGUUUCUAUGACUGCUCAGCAUUGACUUCUCAGUGGAGCAACACCUGAUCUACUAAGAAGAGUAAACAGUGAUGGAAACACAAGAUGAAAUUGCUAUUGUGGGAAUUGGAUGCAAUUUUCCUGGAGGGGAAGGACUUGAUAAUUUCUGGCAAGUUCUGGUAGAAGGCAAAAACUGUGUUCGAGAAAUACCUCCAGAAAGAUUUGACACAACAGAAUGGUAUGAUGCGGACAGCAACAAACAAGGAAAAACAACCACAAGACAUGCAGCCCUUAUUGAAGAGUUUAACUCGUUUGACAACAGGCUUUUUGGAAUUAAUGAGGUGGAAGCAGAGUAUAUGGAUCCACAGCAGAAAUUACUCCUGGAAUGCACUUAUAGAGCAUUGGAAGAUGCAGGAGUCACUAGAGAAAAUAUUAAUGGCUCUAAAACUGGAGUUUUUGUUGGAAUGAUGAACCAAGACUAUAGACUAUUAAGGAGUAGGACCAGCUCUACAUUUAGCCAUUAUGAUGGCACUGGGACAUCAAUGAGCAUAUCUGCAAAUCGGAUUUCAUAUACCUUUAAUCUGACAGGACCUUCAAUUGCCAUUGAUACAGCCUGUUCCUCAUUUCAUUAUGCUUUACACAUUGGUUUGAAUGCAAUUAAACAAGGAGACUGUGAAGCCGCUCUUUGUGCAGGAGUUAGCUGUAUCAUAGAGCCCGGGGUUUUCGUAUCUCUUAGUAAAGCAAAAAUGAUCUCUCCAGAAGGAAUUAGCAAACCCUUUUCUACAAAAGCUGAUGGCUAUGGAAGAGGAGAGGGCUGUGGGGUUCUCUUGCUGAAACCUUUAAGGAAGGCACAGGAAGACUUCAGCAAAAUAUGGGGAGUUAUCAGCAUGAGUGCUGUCAAUCAAAAUGGAAGGUCAGUCACUCCGAUCACCAGACCAUCUCAGCAGGAGCAAGAAAAUUUGCUAUGCAAAAUUUAUCCAGCGCAUGUUGAUCCGUCCACAGUACAAUACGUUGAAGCACAUGGCACAGGAACGCCUGCGGGAGAUCCUGUUGAAGCAGAGAGUGUAGGCAAUGUCCUUGGUAAAAAGAGGCCUUCUAACUUCCCGCCUAUCAAGAUUGGCUCCGUGAAAGGGAACAUCGGACACACAGAGUCUGCGGCUGGGGCAGCCGGCUUAAUCAAAGUCCUUCUCAUGAUGCACCAUGGCAAGAUUGUUCCCUCCUUGCACUUUUCAGAAAGCACUAGUAGCAUCAAUACAGAGAAAUUAAACCUUUCCAUUCCAACAACAGUAGAGAAAUGGGAUGAGCCCAGUGAAUUUGGAAGAAUAGCUGGGAUCAACUCUUUUGGAUUUGGAGGAACCAAUGCCCAUGUGGUUGUGAGACAGUUUAAGCAAACCCAAGUUCUUCCUUCAGUCAAAAGGCCUGUAGAAUUAUUUCUUAUCUCUGCAGCUUCUGUUAAUUCUUUCAAAUUGACCAUGGAAGACACGGCUAGAUACCUUAAAACAAAAGACACCAUAGCACUGCCAAAUCUGGCCUAUACUUCAGCGUGUAGAAGAAGUCAUGUAACCUACAAACACAGAAAAGCAUUUGUGGUAUCAUCUCUCCAACAGUUAGAACAAGAACUUGUUUCUGGGGCAGAAAUGGAAAUAGUUCCUGCAAAGAAGCCUCCACGGCUGGUUUUUGUAUUCUCUGGAAAUGGCCUGAAUGUGAAAGAGGCAUUUGAGCCUUUAUUGAAAUCCGAGCCAGUGUUUAGAGAAAAAUAUAAUGAAAUUAAAGCAAUAUUUCAAAAAUAUUCCACCACAGAUAUUUUUGAAUUAAUGGAAAGAGAACAGGAGGACUUUUCAAGUCCCGAGAUUGCCCAGCCCUUAAUCUUCACGUUGCAGGUAGCUUUGGUUACCCUUCUGCAAUAUUGGGGCAUCAGGCCAAUUGCAGCUGUUGGGCAUUCGGUUGGAGAAGUGGCUGCUGCCCAUUGCACUGGUUUGAUUUCCCUGGAAGAUGCUGUCAAAGUCAUCCAUCACAGGAGCAGGCUUCAGGCUAAGGCCACUGGGGGUAAAAUGCUAGUUGUCGGGAAUAUCCCUGUUCAACAAGUGUCAGUGGCCCUUGGUGCAUACUCUGGCAAAGUCUGCAUAGCAGCAUUUAACAGCCCUCAAUCUUGCACAUUGUCAGGAGAUGCUGAUGCCAUUGAUGGCAUUCAAAACCAUCUAGCUGAGCAUUUUGGUACAAGAAACAUAUUUCUUCAUGUCUUAAAUGUUCCAGCUGCAUACCACAGCUACAUGAUGGAUCCAAUAUUGACAGAGCUGGCAACAAGUCUGUCAGAUUUAAAGAAAGGGAAUCCAGAAAUAGACUUGAUUUCAUCGACAACAGGGAAAGCUGCUUCAGAUGGUGAUUUUGUCACUGGCAACUACUGGGCCAGACAGGCUCGAGAAGCUGUUUGUUUUGCAGAGGCCAUCGUGACGUUAGCAAAGGACAAGGACAAUAUUGCAUUUGUAGAGAUAGGACCACAAAGAGCCUUGCAGAGGUACAUCCAACAAAUAUUAGGCACUCAGACCAAAGUAUUUCCUUCUUUGCAAAUUUUCAGAGAGCACGAAACACUUCUCAAUCUCGUAAAAGGCCUCUUUGAACUGGGAUUGAAUCCAUCCUGGGACCAUCUCUUUGAGGGAUAUCAAGGUAUACCAGCAGCCUAUCCCAGGUAUCAGUUUGAUCAUAAGACACUCGGGUCAUUAAAUAACCAGGACAGACAGACAACUGAAAGAGCUGGAAACUCAAAUCAUCUCUUAAUCCACAGUGUUAACAAUGAUAACACCGAAUUCAGGUGCUCUUUAUCCACGGCACUAACUCCUUACCUGUUUGAGCACAAACACAACGGCGUUGCUCUCGUCCCUGGGGCUUUUUUUGUGGAGCUUGCUCUGGCUGCUGUGCUGACUGGCUCCAGACCAAAAGUGCCCAUAAAUCUAUAUCAACUAAGCAUUAAGUUCAUCUCACCCUGUGUUUUAAAUGUAGAUCCUCAUGAUUUAAAGGUAAAACUGGACUCACAAAAAGAAGGAAGAGAUUUCAAAAUACUGUCUUCUUCAUCAGAGGCGGUUUACACAUCAGGACGAAUCAAACAGAACCCAGAAGUCUGUCUCGAAGAAAAGAGCAUUGCAUGUAAAGAUAUUUUUCAGCGGUGUAAAUUGUGUGUCAGCAAGAAUGAAGUGUAUAAAACACUGUCAAAAUUUGGAUUUUAUUAUGGUUUGAUAUUCAAGCAGCUCGAUGAUGUAUUCCUUUGUGAAGAAUUGAAGGAAGCGAUAACCACGAUCAAAGUGAGCAAAGAGAUUAGGGAAGAAAUGCAUGAGUAUUUUAUCCAUCCAGUGCUCUUAGACUGUAUUAUGCAAAUGACAGGAGUCGUGACUCUAAAAUUUUCCAAAAAUGGCACGUGGUUUCCAUCAAGCAUAAACAGUUUUGUCAUUCUUCGGCCUUUAGAGGAAGAAAUGAAGAUGUAUUUGAAAAUCAACAAAUCGACAGAGAACUACCUAGAGUUUUGUGGCUGCUUCACAGAUAAACAUGGCUCUGUUUUGGUUGAGAUGAAACGAGUUGGGAUAACUCUCAUCAAGGAAACAUCCAGGAAUGAAAAAAAUUUGCUCUUUGAAAAUAAAUGGAAAGAAGCCCCAUAUUCUACGAUGAUCCAAACCCCAGGAGAAGCACCCAGAUUUGCAGUCUUAGCUGACAAGACCGGAGUGUCUCAACAGCUGAAAAAAUACUUGCAUAAAAGUUCUACCUUUCUGAUGUAUGAAGAGUGGGAGGAAUUAUUAACGUCCGGGAACCCCGAAUCCCCUUCUCUGGACAAAAUGAAGACCCAAGUGCAAGAGUGCAGUGAUGUUUUGUUUAUGUGGGGAAUUCAAAGACUGAAUGAAAAAACACCAGAUGCCAUUGUUGCAAGUUUAUCAAAGUGCUGUGAAGCUUUCCGUCAAGUUGUUAUUGCAUUGAAAGAAAAGAGUCACCCUCAAUCUUCCAUCAAGCUCAUCACUUACAGGACUGCAGACAGGAAUGUCGACCACGUGAACCCUGGCUUUGCUUUGUAUGGCAUGGUACGAACUUGCAUGCUUGAAGCUACGGACAUUGCUUUCCAGAUGAUUGAUAUCAGCUCGACAAGUACCAUGGACAUCCUGGCCUUAGUGGAUGUUUUAGGAGGAUACAAAGCAGAUCUCUAUCCUGAAAUCUGGAUUAAUCAGGGGAAUAUCUACACUUCUGAAAUCAGGCGCACUCAGGUUAAAGAUGUGACCAGCAAUAAUCUUUCCCGGUCUACUCAUCAUAACUCUAAGCUGGAGUCAUUCCGUCUUUAUACAUGUGAGCCUAAUACAACAAGAGGCAUGUUUGCUGAGAAGUCUAAUUACACUGAUUUUCCUCUUGACAAUCACAGUGUAGAAUUGGAAAUUGAAAGAAUACAUAUCCACACUGAAGAGUAUUAUCCGGUUAGUGUUUGCAGCAGUAACUUUGGAAAUGCCUUGUACUGGAAUUCACAUACUGUUGAUAAGUACCAACUCAUGGCUUUGGACUACAGUGGGAAGGUCGUUGCAACAGGCCCUGAUGUGAAGAAGCUCAAAGUGGGGGAUGAUGUUGUUUCAUGCUAUCCGGUGGCUGGAUCUUCAAGAGUCAUUAUUCCAGAAGCAGUAUGUUUGAAAACCCGAAAAAUGCCAUGUUUUGAAACGGUGCCCUGUAUGUCUUUUUUCAGGAUAGCAUGGGAAAUUGUGCAUCAUUUGCUACCAAUAACCAAACAGAACAGAUCCUUGGGCAUUAUGUCUCCUGAGCCAGAGUCAGUGCUGUGCAAAGUCCUUGCUCACUCAGCCGAGGAAGCCGGCUGGAAAACAGUGUGCACAAUACUUGACGGCAGGCUGCAGGAAUGUGUAGCUCAGUGCAAUGCACUUGUUUUUCUGGCUCCUGUGGAUAGAUUACCCAAAGAAAAAUUAGUUAAUCUCCCACAUCUCCGGGAUGUUGUAGUCCUACCUGAUAACCACCAGUCUGAAUGCAUAAGAUCUCUGGUCGGAAGUGAUCAUGAAAACUUUAGAAUUCAUCUUCUCAACCUUGCCACCAUUUUCCAGAAAGCUUCGUUGAAGCAUUCCCAGAAGGCUUUCUCCAACUGGCUGAAAUCAAUAGAACUGAAGCAAUUUAGGAGCACUCCCUGUUCCAUUUUCCAACAGGCAGCAAACAGUGAGAGGACAGACACCACGACAACAUCCACCUUUGCCUGCAGGUCUGUCCCGCUUGCUGUGCUGAAAGGCAAUGUGCAGAAAAGCAGUAUUUCUGACAUACCAAUGUAUGAGUCCCAAAGGAAAACAUUUAAGCACAAUGCUGUUUAUAUUGUCACAGGAGGUCUCACUGGGCUUGGCUUUGAAACCGUGAGAUUUAUUGCUCAAAACGGAGGAGGACGCAUUGUCAUUCUAUCCCGGAGAAAGCCUAGUCUUGAGAAGCAAAAUGAAAUACAUAAUAUAGAGAACCAGAAUGAAGGGAGCCGGAUAGUCAGUCUGCAGUGCAAUGUGAUUUUUACUCCUGAAGUUAAGCGUGCCAUGGGUGCUAUCAGCAAAGUUUUUCCAGACUGUCCAAUCAAAGGUGUAUUCCAUAGUGCUAUGGUUUUACAUGAUACAGUCCUUGAAGCAUUGACUCUCGAUACAUUUGAGAAAGUUUUAAGUCCCAAGGUUGCUGGAGCUAUCAAUCUUCACUAUGCCACUGAAGGGCAGGAUCUCGACUACUUUGUGUGCUAUUCAUCCAUCUCUUCCUUUUUGGGGAACUCAAUGCAAGCCAACUAUGCUGCUGCCAAUUCCUUCCUGGAUCUUUUCUGCCAUUACAGGAGGAACUAUGGAUUGCCAGGACAAGCCAUCAACUGGGGCGCCUUGAAUCUUGGAGUAUUGGAAGAUCAAAAUGACAUUCAAAGUCUUUUGGAAUCAAGAGGUAUCGUAUCUCUACAGCUGAAUGAAAUUUAUGAGUAUCUGAAAACAAGCUUACUUUUGAACAAUCCUCAGCAAGCUGUUGCAAAGCUGAACUUCAGGGCUUUAAGCAGUCAUUACUUUUCUCGAAAUCAAGCCUUCAAAAGCCGUAUGUAUACAAUUGCAGUAGAAUUAAUGGGAAAUGAUGCUGAGCUGCCAAGAAAACAUGAAGCUCAUGCUUUGGCUCCUGGGAAAGCUGAAGAUUAUAUAUUGUCAUUGGUGAGCCAGCUCACUGGCGCAGACACAAAUGAUAUCUCAAUGAAUACUUCCCUUUUUUCUGCUGGAAUAGAUUCUAUGUUAGCUAUGUCGUUACAGAAUCAAAUUUUUCAGGAACUAAAGGUUGAUGUGCCUCUUGUGAAAUUACUUGACCCAGAGACUACAGUACUUAGGUUAGCAUCAUUUGUAGAAGAGAAAUCCACAGAGACCAGGAUUUCUAAAAUGUAAUUAGGGACUGAGAACUGCUGGAAAAGCAACACAAACAUAUUUUUUCUUGCUUAAAUGUUGAUAAUAUUUCUUUCAAUUUUAAAUGUUACUACUAUUAGAGAUGUAUAAUUAAAAUCUGCUAAAACUUACUAUUUUAUGUUUAUUUCCUGGAAAAACUAAUUCUGGAAGAAUGCCUUUGCAAUGUUUGUCAUAUGUUUAAUGUUCAUUUUCAUUUGUUGCAACAUCUAAAAUAGAGAGUUUCAGAGGCUUUGUUUACCCCCAGCAAUUUUAAAAGUGGCUUGAGGAUUUAAUCUUGUUGGGAAUGGCAAUCUUCUAAAGCCUUCUCUAUUUAAUGUUUUGUUUGUUUAUAAUGUGUCGGUUUAUUUCCUGAAAUGUAUGUCUUCUUUGGUUUGCAGUUUUCUUAGCUCUAAGUACUUGAGGCAGUGGGAGGAGCUGAAGACCAUGUGACUGCUUCAGUCUCAGUUUAGAAUGCAGUUUGAAAGGAUGACAGUUGAGGAAUGACAGUUGAGGCUUGAGUCUGUUUGAGUACAGGAGCCAGUGUAAGAAGUUAGAAAUCAGUUGAGGCUUGAGUUCCUGGGAAGUAGACUGUUAUAAAAGAGAACUAUAUAGAGCAAUAUUGUUUUAAAGAGACUGUUAAAAACUAUAAAUUAAAAAUACAAACUGAAACACUUUUUAAAGCUUAACCUGACAAGAAAUGUACCUGUAGAUUUAAAUACAUGAAGUUGUGCAUAAAACAACCAUGGAGUUCUACCUUGAGCCUGUAUAUCAUAUUUCACUCCAAUAUCUAAAUGUUCAAUAAAAUAAUUGUAGGAAAGUAAAACCAACGUUCUUGCUUUUGGUGAACCAAAGAUUUCUUUUUAUAUAAUGGAAGCUUUGUAAUAAAAUCUAACAGCUAAAUAUGGAAUUUUAUUAUAUAAAUGAUUUCAUGAAACAAUUAAGUCCUUUAAUCAGUUGAUCAAAGUAUAUAACUGAUUUUUUCCAGAAAACUAUUAACUGACAUACUGUCAAAAGUUAUGUUGCUUGCAAUCUAUUAAUAAAUUCAAACUGCUUGCAUUACCGGUAUAUGUUUGUAUUAAAUACUGAUUUUCAACCAAA